UCAAAAUUCUUUUAGAAUGACCUUAAGACGUGAGAUCAGAAUGUUAAGCAAUGAUGAGAUGCUAAGUUUUCAACGAGCACUAAACACACUAAAGGGAAAUGGAGAAUUUGGGCGGUUUAAUGAUCAACACAGACAAGUGAGUACAUCAUCAGGUGCCCAUUCUGGUCCUGGCUUUCUUCCUUUUCAUCGAGAGUUUAUCAAACGCUUUGAAAUUGCACUCCGUCUUAUUGAUCCAUCCAUAUCGCUUCCUUACUGGGAUUCCGUGCUUGACUCACAUCUACCAAGACCAAGCGACUCGAUAUUGUUUUCUCAGUUAUUCUUUGGUGAAACAGAUGAUCAAGGUAACGUCAUAAAUGGGCCCUUUGCUAAUGGUUGGACAACAUUGGAGGGGCGGCCACAUAUUUUGAGGCAAUUAGGUACCGAAGGAAGAAUGCUCAGGGAGGCGGACUUGAAUAUAGUCUUUGAACAAACACAAAUUGAACAGGCGCAAAUGAUCCGGUCUUUUACUUUCACCGUAAGAAAUAGAAUUUACCUAUACUUUCAAGCGAAAUCUAAAACUUCGGAGGAAGCACUUAUUUUUAUAUUUUCGGAUUCUUUUGUCGACCUGAUUUGGGAGCUGUGGCGUCAGAUGCGUCAGUCACGUUGGUCUAGAGAGCAAGAAUAUCCGCCUGAUCUGAUCCAAUGUUCAAAUCAACAACAUUUUGCUAAUUCACAGAUGAGGCCUUUUGAUCUCACCAAUCGAGAGGGUCUUUCUAACGCUUAUACAGAUUCUCUCUAUAAAUAUGCAAGGAGACCGAGUUGCAGCCAACAAGUGAAGAUUGGCGGACUUUGCACUGGUUUUGACGGCUUUAAUAUCUGCUGGGGUGGAGUUUGUCAAGCAGGUAUUUGUAUACAUGGAUCACCACCUCCACAAAUUCGGUUGCCACAAUCAAAUAGUUUGUCCCAUAGUGACGGUCAUUCAUUUGCCGAAACUUUUCAAAAUGCGAUUGGUGUUAAACCCCGUACUCAACAACGCCUUGUUCUACGUCAGCAUCAAACAACUUCUAGUGCAAUAAAAGGUCGUUUUAUAAAUGCUACUUCGACCGGAUGUUUCAACGAUGAUCCUUGCUGCUCAGCCUGGGGCCGUUUAGGUGAAUGUGAAGCUAACCCGUCCUUUAUGCUUAAAUAUUGUCGAAGAGCAUGUCGACAAUGCGCAUCAGUAGUUGAGUCUAAAGGCGAGUUCUGUUUUUGGUUGAAAUAA